UUUCAUACAAUUGUGUUUUAUACUGUGACCUUUUAUUUCACAAGUUUGCUAAUAAAUUCAUGUUAAUUCCAGUUGUUUGUAGAACUGAAGUAUUCUAUGUACAAAAUGAUGUUAUCUGCAAAUAAAGAUGGAUUUACUUCUUUCUUUCCAAUCUUCAUACCAUUCAUUUCACUUUUUUCUCUUACGGUAUCGGAUAGGUCUUCUGCACAAAGUUGAACAAAAGUGAUAAAAGUGGACAACCUUGCCUUAUUCCUGAACUCAGAAAGACAGCGGUCCAUAUUGUCACCUCUCAGUUUUAUUCUCUCUGGCUUCUCUGGACUGAGUUUCUGAGGAGGACUGGCAGUUCAAAAACCAUGUCCCAGGUGCCACUGACAUUCAGUGAUGUUGCCAUAGACUUCUCUCAGGAGGAGUGGGAAUGUCUAAACUCAGAUCAGAAGAAUUUGUACAGAGAUGUGAUGUUGGAGAAUUAUACUAACUUGGUAUCACUGGACAUUGACUUCACAACUGAGAGCAAAGGAUUAUCUUCAGAAAAAAGCAGCUAUGAAGUAAAUUCAUACCAUUGUGAGCCAAUGAAAAGAAGUAAACCUUCAACCUUCAACCUUAUGGGGUUUAUUUUCAGGAAUGACUCAUGGAUCAGAACUGAAUUUGAGAGACAACAGGCACCUAAAGUAGGAUACUUUAGUCAAAUGAUAUUCAGAAAACAUACAUCCCUUCCCCUACAGCAGAAAAUUCACACUAGAGAGAAGUCAUAUGUAUGUAAGGAAUGUAGGAAGGGCUUUAGGAAAUAUUCACACCUUACUGAACAUCUGAGAGACCACAGUGGUGUGAGAUCCUAUGAAUGUAAGGAAUGUGGAAAGGCCUUUAUAGUUCUCCAGCAUUUUAUUAGGCAUAAAAAAAGUCACACUGAUUUGAAGCCCUAUGAAUGUAAUGGAUGUGAGAAGGCCUUUAGGUUUUAUUCACAGCUUAUUCAACAUCAGAUAAUUCACACUGGUGUGAAACCUUAUGAAUGUAAGCAAUGUGGGAAGGCCUUCAGACGUCAUUCUCACCUUACUGAACAUCAGAAAAUUCAUAUUGGCUUGAAACCCUAUGAAUGUAACGAAUGUGGGGAAACUUUUAGGUUGUAUCGACAUAUGUGUCUACAUCAGAAAAUUCAUCAUGGUGUGAAACCCUAUAUCUGUAAGGAAUGUGGAAAGUCCUUUGGUCAUCGUUCAAGUCUCUAUCAACAUAAGAAAAUUCAUUCUGGUGAGAAACCAUAUAAAUGUAAACAAUGUGGAAAGGCGUUUGUUCGCAGCUAUCUGCUUAUUGAACAUCAGAGAAGUCAUACUGGUGAGAAGCCUCAUGAAUGUAAGGAAUGUGGAAAGGCCUUUAGUAGGGGCUCAAGCCUACUUAAACAUAAGAGAAUUCAUAGUAGUGAGAAAUUCUAUGACUGUAAGGAAUGUGGGAAGGCCUUCUGUAGAGGAUCUCAACUUACACAACAUCAGAGAAUUCAUACUGGUGAGAAGCCACAUGAAUGCAAAGAAUGUGGGAAGACGUUUAAGCUCCAUUCAUACCUUCUUCAACAUCAGAUAAUUCAUAGUGAUUUGAAACCGUAUGAAUGUAAACAAUGUGGGAAAGCCUUCAGUCGUGUAGGAGACCUUAAAACACAUCAGUCAAUCCAUGCCGGGGAGAAACCUUAUGAAUGUAAGGAAUGUGGAAAAACCUUUAGACUUAAUUCUCAACUAAUUUAUCAUCAGACAAUCCAUACUGGUUUGAAACCAUAUGUAUGUAAAGAAUGUAGGAAGGCCUUUCGUUCUAUCUCAGGUCUUUCUCAACAUCAGAGAAUUCAUACUGGUGUGAAACCACACAAAUGUAAGGAAUGCGGGAAGGCCUUUCCUCGUUGCUAUCAACUUACUCAACAUCAAAGACUUCACACAGGUGAGAAACUCUUAAUGGAAUGAGAGUCAGAAAGCUGUUAGCCAUGGCACAUCCUUUAACAUUAUCAUUCUUCCACCACAUAAUGAUAUUAUGGUAAAGGUUAAAUUAUUUAACGUAAAUUAUAAAUGCUUGGUAGGGCAUCUAACACAGUAUUUGCUUACUAAAUAUUGUUAUCAUUUAAAAUGAUAAUUACUAGCAUUACUAUAAACAAAUUCAUGUGGAAGGAAGACCCUAUGAGUAUAUUUUUUAAAUCCUUCUAUCAUCACUUACCCAUAUUUUACUUUAGAUAAUUCAUUUUGGACAAAUUCCCAUAGAACAUAUUAAACAAGAAACUGUUUUAUUCAAAGCUUAUCCCCCUGAAGAUUAAUAAUGGGAAGAAACUCUAUGCUUCUGUUGAAGAGUGAGAGUAUAGCUAAUGAAAAAUUGGAAAGUGAUUUGAAGAAAUUUUCUUAUGACAAGUUCUAUAAUACAGGUAACAGAAUCUACAUUCUCUACAAUUCAGGGAACUUAAGACAUUAACAGUGACAGGUUGACAGAAAACAGAUGUUGACAUGGAAAAGUUUCCCUCAAGUUUCUGGAAAUUUUCAAAUUUACAGAAAAGAUACAACAGCGGUCCAAUGAAGGUUUAGGUUUGUUUAUUCUCCCUCUACAUUCAGUAUCUCUCUCUCUCUCAUAUAAAAAUGUAUAUAUACAGAUUCACAUAUAUCACACUUAUCACAUAUUGAAUAUAUAUACUGCAUAAUCAUUUUUCUGUGCUUUUGGAGUGAAUGAUUUAGGUAUCACUUCACCUCUAAAAAAAAUCAACAUUCAACUCCUGGAUUUAAAGAUAAUCUAUAUGACCACUGAGCCACUGUCACCUUAAAAACAUUAACAGUAGACCUAUACCAUUCUGUAAUCAGUCCAUUUACAAAUUUCUCCAGUUUAGAGAAUGUCUUUUAAAAGUGCUGACUUUUUUUAAAAGCCAAAAACCAAGCUAAGCCCAUAUAUUUUACAUGAUUAUGGCUCUUGAGUCUCUUUUGGUCGAGAACUUAUCCUCCACCUGCUUUGUAACUUAAACUUUUUGAAGACUCAGGAGAAGUAACGCAUAUAAUGUUCCACAUUCUGUAUUUGUCCUAAUUUUUCUCCAGGCAGGCUUAACUGGUUUCUCUAUCCCUCCUAUUUAUUGUGAACUGGAUUGUUACGUCUAGAGGCUUCAUUAUGUUUCAGAUUUUAAAUUUUUGGCAAGAUAAUUUCAUAGAUAAUACUGUGUAUUCAAUAUUUGUACAAUAACAGGUGACAUAAAGUGAAGCUAUGUUUGAUCUCUUGGUUCAUGUACUGACCACCAGCUCUCUCCAUUGUAUUGGUACAUUUUUUUCUUUGCAAUUAAGAAGUAAUCCAUGGAAAAUCACAUCAGCACUCCACUUGGAAAUUGAAACAGCUUUAUGUAUUUUUAAAAAUUAAGACCAAAAAACCCCCUCAUCUUAAAUAUUUACCCAUAUAUUUACCUUUUCACAUGCUCUUCAUUCCUUUCACAUGAUCUAAAUUUCCAUCUGGUAUCAUUUCCCUUCAGCUUGAGGAAUUUAAUUUAUCAUUUCUUGGAGUACAUGUCUGCUAAUGAAUUUUCAUUAGUUUUUUUUUCUGGAUUGUCUUUGUUCUUAAAGGAUGUUUUUUCUUGCUAUGGAAUUCUGAGGUUUGUUAUACAUAUAUAGAUACAGAUAUAGAUAUAUUUAAAGAUAUUAUAUCACUGACUUCUGGUCUCCAUAGGUUAUAAGAAGUCAUUUGAACUAUUUUUCCUCUGUGUGUAAUGUGUCAGAUUUUUUUUCUGCCCUUACUUCUCCUUCUGGGAUUCCAAGUAGCUAG